AUGAAUGAUGAAAAGAUGAACUCUCAACGAAAGAAGAAGAAUGAAACGUUGGAUUGGUUUGUUCAAAAGUCCAAAAAGAAUGAUGCAAGUUCUUCACAAGUGCCAAUUUGUGUCUCAUCACCGACACCAACUCAACCUUCAGCAACUCAAGUCGAACAAGAAUUUUCUUUCCCUUCAAAUAAUAUGCUCCAAACUCAAGAAACCGAAAUGAGAUCUACAUGUAUUACACAAGAUGAUAGUACAACAUUUGCAUCAAGAGAGAUGAAAAGCCAAGUUAAUGAUAUCUCUAUUCCACAUGAUCCGGCUAAAAGGAAAAAAUUUAUUGAUUAUCAUCCAAUGGAUCGAGAAGCAGUGAGGAAAGAAUACAUACAAAUAGGUGUUUUCCAACCAAAGAAGCACAAAUUUCCUCAAACGGACUUCGGAGGAGGUACAUUACGCCGCUUUAAUAAAUCUUGGUUUAAUAAGUAUUCUUGGCUUGAGUAUAGUGUUUCAAAAUAUGCUGCAUUUUGCUUUGUUUGUUACUUGUUUAAGAAUGAAACUACCAAAACUGCAGGAGGAGAUGCAUUUUUUGUUAAUGGGUUUAGAGGUUGGAAUAGGCCAGUUCGGUUUAGAAAACAUGUUGGUGGAAUUAAUAGUGCUCAUAAUCAAGCUUUUCAAAAGUUUGAGAAUUUAAAGAACUUUAAGUCAUCCUUGAAAGUUUCUUUAGACCAACAAACCGAGCAAGCUAAAAGUGACUACCGAAUCCGCUUGAUUACUUCUCUUCAUUGUUUGAGAUUUCUUUUACAUCAAGGAUUGGAAUUUCGUGGUCAUGAUGAAUGUGAUGAAUCAAGUAACAAGGGAAAUUUUCUUGAACUUUUGAAUUGGAUUGCAGAAAAGAAUGAUGAUUUGGGAAAUGUUGUUUUGAAAAAUGCACCUAAAAAUAAUCAAAUGAUUGCACCUUUGAUUCAAAAAGAGCUUAUCAAUUGUUGUCCAAAAGAAACUACCAAGGCAAUUGUGGAAGAUCUUGGUAAGGAUUAUUUUGGAAUACUAGUAGAUGAGUCAAGUGAUGUGUCUCAAAAAGAACAAAUGGCUUUGUGUGUACGUUAUGUUGAUAAAAAAGGAAUGAUAAAAGAACAGUUUCUUGGAAUUGUUCAUGUUGGAGAUACCACAUCUUUGUCUCUUAAAGAAGCUAUCUUUUCUUUGCUUGAUGAGCAUUCUUUGAGUUUUUCAAGAAUUCGUGGGCAAGGGUACGAUAGAGCUAGUAAUAUGAAGGGUGAACUUAAUGGUUUCAAAACUCUAAUCAUGAGAGAAACACAAUCUGCAUACUAUAUACAUUGUUUUGCUCACCAACUUCAAUUAACUCUUAUUGUCGUUUCUAAGAAAAAUAAAGAUUGUGGUUGGCUUUUUGAUAAACUUGGAGAUUUGUUGAAUGUUGUUGGAUCAUCAUGUAGGCGAAAACAUUUGCUUAAAGGAAAACAAGAUGAAAAAAUUGCAAAAGCCUUUGAAAAUGGUGAAAUUGUGACUGGAAAAGGUUUAAACCAAGAGCUUGGUUUAGGUAGGUCGGGUGAUACACGUUGGGGGUCUCAUUAUAAGUUGAUUUUGAAUGUCAUUGAUUUGUAUUCUACAAUACGUGAGGUGCUUGAUUUGAUUGGUAACGAUACUCUAAAUGGUGAUGAUGCUAGAAAAGCCGAUAAUGUGAGUUUUGCAAUAGAGUCAUUUGAUUUCAUUUUCAUGAUUCACUUGAUGAAGAGAAUAUUUGGGAUUAUGAAUGAAUUAAACAAAGCUUUACAGAGAAAAGAUCAAGAUAUUGUCAAUGCUAUGUCACUUGUUACUUUAACUAAAGAAAGAUUGCAAAAUAUGAGGAAAACGAUGUUCUUGGGAGUUAUUGAUCUUCAGCUUCAAGAGUCAAACAACCGAUUUGAUGAGGUUAAUAUAGAGUUAUUGACUUGUAUGGCUUCUUUGAGUCCACUUGAUAAAUUUUCUUCUUUUGACAAACAAAAGAUACUUAGACUUGCUGAAUUAUAUCCCGAUGAAUUUACAAGUGUUGAUAGACUAGCCCUUGAUGAUCAACUUGAUAAUUAUAUUGUUGAUAUGCGGAGGGAUGAUAAAUUUUGGUUAUUGAAAGAUAUGGGUGAACUUUCCAUGAAGCUUGUCGAGACAAAGAAGCAUCAAGUGUAUCAACAAGUCUAUUUGCUUAUAAAGUUGGUAUUGAUUCUCCCCGUAGCAACUGCAAGUGUGGAAAGAGCAUUUUCUAAAAUGAACAUCGUGAAGAAUAAGUUGUGA